GCCGCGGGCGUCGCGGGAGCAGGCUCGGAGCCGGAGACACGCGCGGCGCGAUGGCCCCCAUCGGCCUCAAGGCCGUGGUCGGAGAGAAGAUCAUGCAUGACGUGAUCAAGAAGGUGAAGAAGAAGGGAGAGUGGAAGGUGCUGGUGGUGGACCAGCUGAGCAUGAGGAUGCUCUCGUCCUGCUGCAAGAUGACGGACAUCAUGACGGAGGGGAUCACAAUUGUGGAAGACAUCAACAAGCGCAGGGAGCCGCUCCCCAGCCUGGAGGCCGUGUAUCUCAUCACUCCGUCAGAGAAGUCCGUGCACUCGCUCAUCAGUGACUUCAAGGACCCGCCAACCGCCAAGUACCGGGCUGCCCACGUCUUUUUCACCGAUUCCUGUCCCGACGCUCUGUUCAAUGAGCUGGUAAAAUCUCGAGCAGCCAAAGUCAUCAAAACUCUGACGGAAAUCAACAUCGCUUUUCUCCCAUAUGAAUCGCAGGUGUAUUCCUUGGACUCUGCUGACUCCUUCCAGAGCUUCUACAGUCCCCACAAGGCCCAGAUGAAGAACCCCAUCCUGGAGCGCCUGGCAGAGCAGAUCGCCACUCUGUGCGCCACGCUGAAGGAAUACCCGGCUGUGCGGUACCGGGGGGAGUACAAGGACAAUGCUCUGCUGGCUCAGCUAAUCCAGGACAAGCUCGAUGCCUACAAAGCGGAUGAUCCCACGAUGGGGGAGGGCCCCGACAAGGCGCGCUCCCAGCUCUUGAUCCUGGACCGAGGCUUUGACCCCAGUUCCCCCGUCCUUCACGAGCUGACUUUCCAGGCUAUGAGCUACGACCUGCUGCCUAUUGAAAACGACGUGUACAAGUACGAGACCAGCGGCAUUGGAGAGGCGCGGGUGAAGGAGGUGCUCCUGGACGAGGACGAUGACCUGUGGAUCGCCCUGCGCCACAAGCACAUCGCAGAGGUGUCCCAGGAAGUCACCAGAUCUCUGAAAGACUUUUCUUCUAGCAAGAGAAUGAACACUGGAGAGAAGACCACCAUGCGGGACCUGUCCCAGAUGCUGAAGAAGAUGCCCCAGUACCAGAAGGAACUCAGCAAGUACUCAACCCAUCUGCACCUCGCGGAGGACUGCAUGAAGCACUACCAGGGUACCGUGGACAAACUCUGCCGCGUGGAGCAGGACCUGGCCAUGGGCACGGAUGCUGAAGGGGAGAAGAUCAAGGACCCCAUGAGAGCCAUUGUCCCCAUCCUCCUGGACGCAAAUGUCAGCACUUACGACAAAAUCCGCAUCAUCCUUCUCUACAUCUUUCUGAAGAAUGGCAUCACUGAGGAAAACCUGAACAAGUUGAUCCAGCACGCCCAGAUCCCCCCGGAGGACAGCGAGAUCAUCACCAACAUGGCGCACCUCGGGGUGCCCAUCGUCACGGACUCCACUUUGCGCCGCAGGAGCAAGCCCGAGCGGAAGGAGCGCAUCAGCGAGCAGACGUACCAGCUGUCCCGGUGGACCCCGAUUAUCAAGGACAUCAUGGAGGACACUAUUGAAGACAAACUUGACACCAAGCACUACCCGUACAUCUCCACCCGCUCCUCUGCCUCUUUCAGCACCACUGCGGUCAGCGCCCGCUACGGGCACUGGCAUAAGAAUAAGGCCCCUGGGGAGUACCGCAGUGGCCCCCGCCUCAUUAUAUUCAUCCUGGGGGGCGUGAGCCUGAACGAGAUGCGGUGUGCCUACGAGGUGACCCAGGCCAACGGGAAGUGGGAAGUGCUCAUAGGUUCUACUCAUAUUCUUACUCCCACCAAAUUUCUCAUGGACCUGAGACACCCCGACUUCAGGGAGUCCUCUAGGGUAUCUUUUGAGGAUCAGGCUCCAACAAUGGAGUGAGAGCCAAAGAAACAAAGUAAAAGCAGCUUAUUACAGAAAAGAAACUCUUCCACUCUGAAGGGUUUUCUUUGAUUAUUCCGUCACUCUUUUUCUUUCUUUUUCCCUUUUUAGUUUAUUAUUUAUUUGAUUUUCUUUUAAUGAGAAAAUGCUUGCAGUUCUUAACACCGAUUGAAAAUGUGUCCGCUGCCACCUUCACCAACCUGCCGUGAGGGCCUGGGCCGCUGGCCGGCCCCCCGAGCCCUGGCAGACAGCUGCACCCCUGUGUUUCAGGCUGAAAACGAUACCUGCUACGAGCAGUCCCCGGGGAGCUGGGAGUUGAGGGGGGCCGAGGCCCGGCGCCCCAGCCUACUGGCCGGCAGCAGUGGUGUGGUCUGAGUCCUGGUGGUGGCCUGGUGUGGGAGCUUGGCAGGGAGGCCAGCACGUGCAGGGGCCAUCACGCCAGGGAGGCUGGACUCCAGGGAGAGGCCCAUUUGGCCUGGUGGUGAGGAAGGGGGCAGGGAGCAGAGGGCAGACGCCGAGUCCAUGGCAGCGGGACGUGAAAGGCCUCUCUCCUGUGACAGACGCUGUCCGAGGAAUGACUUCUGGGGGGUGGCAGGGUCAGAAGCCUCACCUUCCUCCUGGGAGGACGGCACUUAGGAGUGUUUGCUCUCGUUUUCAUGGUCCCGGGGAUUCUUUCAAGGGCUGAGUUCCCCGGGCGCCCACCCAGGUCUCCCGGUGAGACCCACUGUGCGCUGCGCUGUAGGAGUGUCUGCCUCCACCAGGCCGUGCCUUUACCUAGUGAGCGACGCACUGUUGUCCUCGUUCCCCCUCCCUCUCUCCAUCCUUCACGUGUGCCGGGAGCCUCCUGCAACAUGUUUGUAUGGCUGGCUGGCCCUGAAGAGCCCCAAUGUGGCAUUAAUCACCCCGCAUCUUCGUCAGGCAUUCUGUGACGAGGCUGAGUUACUUGCACCUGAUGUCCUGCAUUCCACUGAUGAUGGGCCCUGAAAAUGCACCUUCCCUCCCGGGGGUUGACGUGGCCCGAAGCGUCACCGAUUGUGAGUCACCUGUGAGCAGGAGCGAGACCUGGACUCCAGCCCCAGCUCUGCCUUGGGCGCCUGAGUGGCUCUCAGAGGUCAUUCACUUACGGGGGCCACAGAAUGCAGAAAAGACUGCAGGGCCCCUUGGCCCCCUGCAUUCUGACAGUCUGUCACUCAUUAACUCAGACAGGCGAUGCAGACCCUGCCGUCCCACCUGCGUCGCCACCUCCUGGGCACCUGGCCAGAGGCGGAGAGGCAAGCUAGUUUGUAUAAAGGGCAGGUGCUCCAUCCCAGGAGGACCCAGCUGUUUGCCUCCUCACUCCCCUGGCAGGGGCACUGCCUUCUCCUUUCAGGGCAAGAAGCAGCAAGUGAUGCAGGAAGGCGGCGCUGGCCCCUCGACAGCCAGUGGUGGUGGAUGAAAGUGUUGUUUAAAAGCAAUCAUUGUUUCCCAGCACCCCGGAAGUCUGGUGAUCAGAGACCUCUGGUCUUGUGCAGGUGGACAGCAUUUUCUAUAAGAUGUAUUUUAAGACUUCUAGAAGGACACAUGUUAGGUGAGGCUGUGGCAAUGGCAGGCCCCUUGCAGGGUCUAAAAGAAUCCACAAACCCAGGCUCCAGGGGCUCCUGCUAGGAUGCGUCCUGGGGUUCCCCACUUCAGAAUCAGCUCCUCCUCCUCGGAUGGUUUACCUUUGCUUUAUACUCAAUCAGCUGAGAGGAUCUCAGCUGCCCUCAGAGCUGGGAGCUCAGCUAGACUCGGGGUGCACUUUCUGAGCUCUGAGAUGACUGGUAGGGCAGAGUGGGGUUCCACAGGUCAGGUGAGGGAAAGUGCAGCACCUCGUACACCGGGAUGCUGAAAGCAGGCUAACCUGACUCGGCCCCUCUGUCAUGAUCAUCCAGGUGACAGAGACUGGACAUCGGAGCCAGGAUCUCCCCCUGCCCCCCCCCCAUGCCCAGAUUUGCUCUAACUUGGCUUCUUAGAGAAGUGAGGCUUUCCCACUCUGCAGUGCGUGCCCCCAGCAGGCCCCGCGCGGUGCCAGGCCUCGGUCCUCCACCCUCUUGGCCUCUUGCCCUCUUGGCUGCAGCAGCUCCUGGCCCAGGUUAAAGGGGGUGGGCGUGGAUAGCUGAGGUGCACGAUACCACCAGGCCUUCUCGCAGACCCUUUCAUCAGCCUCACCUCGAAAUCGUCUAGGAAAUGGAAUCUUCUGGUUAGAUUUUCACCUCAGUGCUCUGGGAGGUUUAUGUUAAGAUUACUAAUCAUUAGGGAAUCUCCAAGAGGCCAGUAGAAGCUAAUGAAAAAGGGUUUACAGGCUGGACUUCACAGUACUUAGCACAAGGGAGAGAAUUGGGGGCUUUUUAUUUUUGAUAUUUUGCUUUAUUCUACAUGGGGGCUGGACAAGUUUCCUGUUUCAGCGGGACUCAGAUUUGAAUCCGAAUUCAGGGCCAACCCAGUAGCCUGGAGGCCACGAGGGUGCCUAGAGAAACUGAGGCCCGGGUUUCUGGCAGCUGGCACCCCCUGGGAGGGUGCACUCCAUGCCGGCCUCAUCGCCCAUCUGCAGCCUGAGGGCUGGGCCAAGCCUGUUGUACAGACCUGGCUGCUCAUCAGUCUCUCCCGUUAAACACACAUGUGCCCCGGGGCCACCCCAGAUCGUCUCAGUCAGUAGGUGCAUUUCAGCCAAAUCCAGGAGGGACUAGGCCAGCCAGUCCCUAAGAACUCUCCUGAUUUCCAAAUUCAGGUGACCAGUGAACACCCUUGAUGUCUCCUCUAAAUCGAGUCUGCCCUCCUCUUCCCUGCAACCGGUGGAUGGUGGGAGGAGGGCAGGGUCCCCUGGCCCGUGCCCCUGCUGCCACCAUCACCUAGGAGGCUAACCCUGCAUGGAGAGCCCAAGGCUGCCUUCGGGGUUGCACACACUGUCCCGCUGAGUCUGGAAGGAAGGCUCCUGCUCCAGGAGUGGCUCACUGUUGGGGAUUUGGCGAUGUCCAUGUCCUGCCUGCCCAUCUGUAAAGAGCUCUAGGCCUAGUAGGCGAUCGGUAAGGCCACAGAGACCAGUGUGCUCCCAGGAAGAGGGUGCUAUAAAAACUAGGACGGGCGCGCUGCUGAAACCGCUGUUGCAUUUGCUGGAGGAACCCCGGGUCUGUGGAAUAAUGAGUCAGCUUCAGCAUGCAGGACAGGUGCAGGCUGCGCUCGGUGCCUCUGGGAAGUCUGGAUGGGAAGUAGCCAAGGACGGGCUCCUCAGAGCAGCGAGCUGGUGGCGGGGGCAGAACCGGGAGCCCCUCCCUCUGGAGAGGGCCCUACGCAUUUUCUGCUGGUCUGCACUGACCAGCCGAAAAGGCCAACGUGAAAGCCCCAGCACGAGGCCCGUAGCUCCGGCGGUCAGAGGUCGCUGAGCCAGUAGCGGUCAGCAGCACAGGGACCCCGGUGUUCGGAAUCACGGUCAAGGCCUUCACUUGCCCUCGGGGUGGAAAUCUGGCCCGGGGCUCCCCCUGCUCUGCUGCCCCCAGGCCCCUCCCUUGCCCACACUUCCAGGGAGGCACAUUUUCAAGUCCGGACCUUUUGUUCAGUUCUCCCACCAGGCCCCUUCUUUCUUUGCCCGCACCGCUGCAUGCGCGCGGGGCUCCUGCCCACCCCGCUCUUGUGUUGGAGUCAGUCCAUGUCCAUGUCCCGGCCCCACGAUCCAUGCAUCUUUCGUCACUGCACUUGUUAGCUCUCUCUCUCUCCUUACGGAAAAGGACUUCAUUUACUUUUAUUUUUUUAUUUUUUUAUUUUUGCAGUAGAAGUGUAUCUAAUUCCAUUAGCUUAAAUUUUGGCAAGCAUUUCUAAUCUCUUACAAAUGCGCGCUCUCUGCAAGGUAAGGCCUCAGGUCCCCCGGCCCUCUCCCCCUCACGCCUGAG